CAGAACCGAGCUUGAUCCAAACGGCCCCUUCGGUCAUCGCUGCGUCCUGCCUGUGUUCUGCAGUACGAGGCUUGAAGCUGCCCUCGACGAACCAAGCUAUCAGUGACAUCUGUGGCAUCUUGAACGUCAACCCUUCUUCAAUCGAAUAUCUGGUCACGGUAAUCGAUGAUGCAGUGGCCAAAGUGUCUACCGCCAAGACGGGAACGAAGCCAGCCCAGGGGUACGAAUGUCCGCAGUAUGGACAGCCCGAGACGCCGACGGAAGUAGAGGUCAUCUACUUCUAAUCGUUGCGCUUGUAUACUUAGUUAUCGUUUUGCUGGAAGAGCGAUUUUGUUUGUGUUAUUUAUUUUUUAAAUUGUUUUAUCGAUGAAGUUUGAUGUGUUAAAACUGUAUAACCAAAAAUUUUUUUUGAAGAAUCUCUGAUCUCUCACGUACCAGUUAAAUUCGUAGUUUAGGGUUUAUAUCCUUGAUUUCAUCAAGAUGUAAAUUAUUGAUCUCAAAUAUUAUUAAUUUUAAAUCUCACUUGGUGAUGCUAAGCUGCGUGUUUUGUGCUGUCAUCGUUUUUAGUAUUACACAUGAAUCUAAUUCUGUGAUCCGAUGAACCUCUCUUUAAAUUUUUGCUAAAUUGCUGUUUUCGGACAAGGAAGAAGAAAAACGUUUUUGGAAUUACUUUUUAGUUGCUGGGUUUGUUAUCUAGUCUCUAGCUGUCUUUUAUGUUAUUUUCUGCAUCCUAGAAUAAUAUAAUGAUUUUUCUGACUAGUUUUUCUCGUAGGCAUUAUGUUAUUCGGGGAUGAUUACUUAAUAAAUGUAAAUUAUUUUAAGACCAAAGUUUGUAUGAAAGUUAGUUUCUAACAAUAUUUAUUUUUAUAAAAAUUGACGCCGUCAAUUGACUGUACAUAUUUUUUUAAUAAACUAUAUUCU